ACCCCCUUAAUAAAUCAAAAUUUAAAUCAGAUCCCGCUGGCAUCCGAUUUCCUGAACAACAGCUCAAGCGAACCCAAAUUUUCAAACUCAGGCUUCCAAAGGCUCUCAAAAACAGCUAAGUGAUGGCGAUUGGAACUGCAACUCGUCUCCUCACUGCUUGUCCUCCCAUACCAAGCGCCGUCCUCGCUUCCCACAGCCGCUACUCUCGUCCCAUCGUCAUCACCUCCUCGGUUUCUCAUCGCCACCUCUCGAUAAAUCUCAACUCUUCCCUUCCAAACUUUUUCAGUCAAACCCGCAAACACCUUGUCUUCACUCCAUCUCGCUCAGUCUCCUGCUCCAAUAUCCCCUUUGCACUUCCAAAAAUCCUAACACCACCGCAAUUACCCCAUCUUACUCCUCUCUCCAUCUGCAAGUACUCAGCCGUCGUUGCUCUGGCCAUCUCUGCCGUGAGGAAGGUCGCUGAAAUUCUCUUCAGUCCCUUUUUCUGGUUGUACUUUAGCUGGACCUGGAUAUUCUGGCCUUGGGCUCUCGCUUUUUCUCUCGCCCUCUACGGUCUGUACUCCGCCACUCGCCACUCUAUCGGUCAAGCCACCGUUGUCGAGCAGCUCGCUGUCGUCACCUCCACUGUCACAUGGCUAACCCUCGUCCCUCCAGCGCACUUCAAUGGUUUCUUGGAGGGCUGGCCUUUUGUUCUCUUCUUCGUGUACCAUUACUUCUUCUUCUUCGAGUCUAGUGUACGCAAGCGCCUCUAUGGCGAUCUUUCGAAUCGCGUCCAUGACGCCAAAUGGGAUGUCGCCCUCCCGAAGCCAUUUCAGAUCGGAUUUUUUAUUCUUGUAUUGAUUGGACACUGGCUUGCCGCGUAUGAGGGUCCUGAACUGCAUUUGAUUUCAGGCGGAUGGGCUAAUUUUGUUAUAUGGGUUCUGGUUGCCACUGCACUGUUUAUGCGUUAUCAUUCUGUUCUGUAUCUGGCCAAAUAUUCAGAGAAAGUGGCUGCGCCUACUGCAGUUGUGCGGUUUGGACCGUAUAGGUGGGUGCGGCAUCCCAUAUAUGCUUCAACGAUGCUAUUGUUUGCUAUACAUUGCAUCACAUUGAGGGCACCGCUUAGCUUACUGUUCUUGAUGGCGGUUUGCUUGGCUUAUUACGGGAAGAAGGCGGAAUUGGAGGAGGCUGUCAUGGUGGAUAGCUUCGGCGAGAUGUACGGGGAGUACAGGAAGAAGUCUACCAGCUCAAGAACUGCCGCCCUCUCUCUCCCCAACUCUCCACAGCCCUGCAUAACUUCUGCAACCAACGGCCCAAUAAGAGGCGAAGAAGAAGAAGAAGAAGGAGAAAGCAGAGAGCUGAAUCUUCGACACAUGGAUCUUUACAUGGAUGAAAAGUGGAAGCUUUCAAAAAAGGGCAGCAGCAACAUCGCAAGCCGCCGAGAUACCUCGGCCGCUGGCACGACCACAGCGUUUCUAAAAAGAACGUCGAGCCUACCGGAAGCCAGAGCCAGCGCUGUCGCCGGCGCCGGACGUCCGCUUUCCUUCACCAGGCGUUGCUCCAACCUCGUCAAGGAGCAGCGCGCUCGAUUCUACAUCAUGCGCCGCUGCGUCACAAUGCUUAUUUGCUGGCGAGAUUACCCCUAAAAGAGGAGAAAGAAGCAAACUUGCAAAAAUUUAUACGGAGACAAGACAAAAAGAGUGUGAGAGAGAAGCAUAAGAAUAUAAAAUAGAUGCAAUCAUUUGUAUAUAGUGUUUAAUUUCUUUUCUUUUUCCUCUGGGUUUGCUCUUUUCUUCUAGUAUUUUGCAAAAAAAUUUGCUCUUCUCAGCCCUGGUCUGCAAAUGCUUCAAGUAAAGAGUUGAAAAAAAUGGAAAGUACAUAACUUGCUCCUCA